UGAUCGUCUGUAUUUUGAUAUCUCGGCAUUUCCAGUGUCGCACUUAGUCCAAAUUGAAAAAAGAAAAUGUUAAGAACGGUGGAGAGCAGGCUUGGUUCCGCGUCACAAUGUAUUUGUUCAAACAGCGCCGUCAUUCGAGGUUGUCAGAAGGUGUUUCGGCGGUGGCGGCGAUUGAGUGUUGAAAACAUGAACCCGUUUGUGAAGGAAAUGGAGUACGCGGUGCGUGGACCCAUUGUGAUCCGCGCGGCGGAGAUCGAGCACGAACUGGCCAAGGGUGUGAAGAAGCCUUUCCGCGAUGUGAUUCGUGCCAACAUCGGAGACUGUCACGCCACGGGUCAGAAACCCAUUACCUUCCUUCGACAGGUGGCAGCAUUGUGCGCCCACCCGGCCGGGCUGAUGAACGCCGCCGUGAUGCCGGACGAUGCCAAACAACGAGCCAAGAGAAUUCUGGCGAGCUGUGGCGGGCAGAGUGUAGGAGCAUACAGCGACAGUGCGGGUGUUCGGGUGAUUCGAGAAGACAUCGCCAAGUACAUCGCGGAGCGAGAUGCUUUCCCAUGUGACCCAGAUAACAUUUACCUCAGCACUGGAGCCAGUGACAGUAUUAAGAGCGUUUUAAAACUUCUCAUGACGGGGAAGUCCGGGGAUGAUCGUGCUGGGAUCAUGAUUCCAAUACCUCAGUAUCCUCUUUAUACGGCCACAAUUGCAGAGUACAACGCCUAUCCAGUUGGUUACUUCCUGGAUGAAGACGACACAUGGGCCCUGAGUAUCGGCGAACUGAAGCGAGCAAUCACGGCAGCUCAGAAACACUGCGAGCCUCGAGCCAUUGUCGUGAUCAACCCGGGAAACCCCACAGAUCCACAGAAUGCCUGGAUAAAGCCUGUUGAACCUGGGUUAGUCUCGUAUGUUCAGACCCACAGAAUGCUGGAUAAAGCCUGUUAA